GUUGUUUCCCUUUGAAAUAAAAUUAUUUAUAUAUAUUCAUAUUUUUGUUAAUAUUUCGAUAUUUUCAUUUAUAUUUUGUGUAUAAUUUUUUUAUUAUCAUUCUAUAAAAAAAAAAAACAAAAAAAAAAAAUAGAAAACUAAAAAAAAAAAAAAAACAAAUACAUCAAAUACUUUUUUUUUUAAUUCCCUAAAAAAAAACCAUAAAAUGACAUCUUCAUUUACUCCAAUUUCUUCAUCCCUCUACGUUGGUGAUUUAUUACCAGAAGUUUCAGAACAAACUUUAUUCGAAGUUUUCAAUCAAGUUGGUUUAGUUUCAAACAUCAGAGUUUGUCGUGAUACCAAUACUCGUCGUUCAUUAUCAUAUGCCUACGUUAACUACUACAACGCUGCUGAUGCCGAACGUGCUUUAGAUACUUUAAACAAUACUCCAAUUAGAGGCAAACCAUGUCGUAUUAUGUGGAGUCAACGUGAUCCAUCACUCCGUAAAUCAGGUGUUGGUAAUGUUUUCAUCAAGAACCUCGACAAAGGCAUUGACCACAAAGCUCUCUAUGAUACAUUCUCUGCUUUUGGUAAUAUCUUAUCAUGCAAAGUUGUCACUGAUGAUAACAACUCAAGCAAAGGUUUUGGUUUUGUUCACUAUGAAAGCCAAGAUUCAGCUGAUAAAGCCAUUGCUAAAGUUAAUGGUAUGAUGAUCAAUGGUCAAAAAGUAUUUGUUGGUCCAUUCAAAUCAAGCAAAGAACGUGGUCAACCAACUGAAAUCAAAUUCACCAAUGUUUUCUUCAAGAAUCUCGCUGAAGACGUCACCUCCGAUCAAUUAAAAGAACUCUUAGCCCCAUACGGUACCAUCACCAACGUUGCUAUCAUGUUAGACGAAAAGACCGGUAAAAGUAAAGGUUUUGCUUUUGCUAACUUUGAAUCAGCUGAUGCUGCUAAGAACGUUGUUGAAAUCGAAAACGGUAAAGUUUUCCACGGUAAACCACUCUAUGCUGGUCGUGCUCAAAAGAAAAUCGAACGUGAAGCUGAACUCAAACAUACCUUUGAAACCAAAUACCAAGGUGUCAACCUUUACAUCAAGAACAUUGAUGACAGCAUCGAUAAUGACAAAUUAAGAGAAGUUUUCUCCCAAUUUGGUACCAUCACCUCAGCUGUUGUCAUGAAAGACGACAAAGCCACCACCUCAAAAGGUUUUGGUUUCGUUUGUUACACUUCACCAGAUGAAGCUACUCGUGCUGUCACCGAAAUGAACGGUCGUAUGAUUGGUACCAAACCAUUAUACGUCGCUCUUGCCCAACGUAAAGAUAUCCGUCGUGCUCAACUCGAAAUGCAACAUCAACAAAAAUUCAAAGCUGGUAUGCGUCAAACUAUGGCUCCAGCUUACAGCGGUGGUCCAGUCUUCUUCACCCCAGCUCCAGUCACCCCAGCUGUUGUCUACCAACAAAUGAUGCCACGUCCACGUAACUGGAAUGGUGCCCCAGUCGGUGUCCCAGGUAACCAAUACGGUAUGAAUUACGUCCGUGGUGGUGGUCAACCAAGACCAAACGGUCAACGUCCAACUGGUCCACGUCCAAACGGUCAACGUCCAGACUCUGCUCAACCAAUUGCCACCCAACAACCAGCUGUUGAUCAAGCUACUCAACAACCACAAGCUGCCUCUGGUGCCUCACAAGAAGCUGCCCCAACUCUUUCAUCAAUCUUAGCCCUCCCAACUCGUGACCAACAAAAUGUUGCUCUUGGUGAACUCCUCUACCCAUUAAUUCACAACUCACAACCAGAAUUAGCUGGUAAAAUCACUGGUAUGUUAUUAGACUCCCUUCCAGUUGAAGAAUUAUUCGCUCUCACCCAAAGAUCCGAUUUAUUAAAUGAAAAAAUUAAAGAAGCCAUCGACGUUUUAAAUGCUAACUAAACUAUUAUUUCUCGCUAUACAAAUAAUAAUUUAAAUUUUUUUCAAUAAAAAAAAAACAACAAAAAAAAAAAAAAAAAAAAUAUUU